AUGUGGCCCACCAACAACUCUACUUGCUUUCUGCUGACCGGUUUUCCAGGUUUGGAGACAUAUCAUCAUUGGAUUUCCAUGCCCUUCUUUUUUGUCUAUAUCUCUGUCCUUUUGGGCAAUACCACCCUCCUCUUUCUCAUCAAGGAAGAUCACAGUCUCCAUGAGCCCAUGUACUAUUUCCUGGCCAUGCUGGCAGCCACAGAUUUAGGGCUAACCUUGACCACAAUGCCCACAGUGCUGGCAGUCCUCUGGUUGGAUCACAGGGAGAUUGGAAAUGGGGCCUGCUUUUCCCAAGCCUACUUUAUACACUCACUUUCCUUUGUAGAGUCUGGUGUUUUGCUUGCCAUGGCCUAUGAUCGCUUUGUUGCCAUUAGCAAUCCCCUUAGAUAUACUUCCAUCCUAACCUAUACUAGGGUGAUGAAGAUCGGCCUGGGAGUUCUGCUGAGGGGAUUUGUUUCUGUUACUCCCCCAAUAAUGCUCCUCUAUUUCUUCCCCUAUUGCCACUCCCAUGUCCUCUCCCAUGCAUUCUGCCUUCACCAGGAUGUCAUCAAACUGGCCUGUGCAGACAUCACCUUUAAUCGUCUGUAUCCCAUAGUGCUUGUGGUCCUCAUAUUUGUGAUGGAUUCUCUGAUUAUUCUAAUCUCCUAUGUGUUGAUACUCAAGAGUGUUCUGAACAUCGCAUCCAGAGAGGAGAGGGCCAAAGCCCUCAAUACCUGUGUCUCCCAUAUCUGCUGUGUCCUGGUUUUUUAUGUCACAGUGAUUGGACUGUCUCUGAUUCAUCGAUUUGGGAAUCACAUUCCACAUAUUGUCCACCUUAUUAUGAGCUAUGUCUAUUUUUUGUUCCCUCCAUUAAUGAACCCUAUAAUCUAUAGUGUUAAGACCAAGCAGAUCCAAAAUGGAAUUCUCCGUCUUUUUACUAUCCAUAGAAUUGGGGCUUGA